AUGAAUGAUUAUACUGAGAGAUGCCCCAGAAUCCAAGAUAACUGUGAAUUCAAAGAAAGGGAUGAAUGUUCGAAGGACAAAAUAUGUCCAAGGCAUGAGAAGUGUUGCUUCUUCAGCUGCGGAAGAAAAUGCUUCAACCUCCAACAGGUCUCCCUGCAGACAUAUGCAGUAUGCUCAAAGAACCUGGCCCCUGCCUGGCUUUUUUCCGUCGUUGGUGGUAUGAUAAGACAAAUAAUACCUGCUCCAGCUUCAUCUAUGGCAGCUGCAAAGGAAACAAUAACAACUUCCAAUCCCAAGCCAUAUGCCAGAGCACCUGCCCCCCAAAAAGUGUUCCAGGGCCUUAGCUCUUCCCCAGACUGA